GGCUGCAGACUGUGGACUCUCAGUAAACACUGGUAGUUAGUUAUUAACAGUAGAAACAGAGCGAACUGUCAUCUCUGUCCACCGCUUCGAUUCUUCACACCUCCUCCAGAAUUCAUCUUCUUAACCAGCUUUCAUUUGGGACGCCUGACAUCAUGUCCCGCCUCGUGUUCUGCGUGUCCGUCAUCGUCGCUCUGUGGUCAGCUUCAGUGCUCAGUGUCUCAGUGUUCUCUGACCCUCCGAAGGCUCACAUGCUGCUCCGGUCCCGUCGGGCAAACUCCUUCCUGGAGGAGCUGAAACCCGCCUCCAUGGAGCGCGAAUGUCUGGAGGAAAGGUGUGACUUUGAAGAAGCCAGAGAGAUUUUCGAAACCAGGGAAGCCACACUGGAGUUCUGGACGGUUUACACAGAUGGGAACCAGUGCAACGCCAACAUGUGUGUUCAUGGAACCUGUGUGGAUCAGUACCAAGGCUACGCCUGCCGGUGCAACAGCGGAUAUGAGGGAAAAUACUGCGACCACCUUCAAACAGCCACUAACUGCUCUGUGGAUAACGGCGGCUGUGACCACGACUGCACAGAGAGCGAGGACGGUCUGACGAGGAGCUGCAGCUGUGUGGGCGGAUACAGACUGCACAACAACUCCAGGAAGUGUCUGCCAAAAGGUUCCUCGUCCUGUGGUCAGCUGUUGAUCGGCCGGUCGUCGUACACAAAACCGAUGGUUGGUCUGCUGCCGUGGAUGGUGGGAGGGGAGGUGGGAAAGAAGGGAGAGAGCCCCUGGCAGGUGCUGUUGCUGAACCCCAGAGGACAAUUUCACUGUGGGGGCGUCCUCAUCGACGAGAGCUGGGUCCUGACAGCCGCUCACUGCCUCGAAAACAACCUGAAAUUCAGAGUACGGCUCGGUGACUACGAGCGUCGGAGAAAUGAAGGCACUGAGGUGACCCUGAAGGUCAUCAAGUACUUCAAACACCCAAACUACGACAGCAGGACGGUGGACAACGACAUCGCCCUACUGCGUCUGGAGACCCCCGCCCCGUACUCUGAGUACAUCCUCCCCGUUUGCCUGCCAGGACGCCAGAUGGCCGAACGCGUGCUCCACCUCAACGGCACUAUGACCGUGGUGACCGGCUGGGGCAACACUGACCUGGAUAGCAAAACAUUCAGCUCGGCGCUCAACGUCAUCAAGAUCCCGCUGGUCAGCCGCAGCGUCUGCACCCAGCAGAUGUUCAACAACGUCUCCGACAACGUCCUCUGCGCCGGGGUCCUCGGACAGAGCGUGGACGCCUGUGAGGGCGACAGCGGAGGACCGAUGGUCACUCUGUACCAAGACACCUGGUUCCUGAUCGGUCUGGUGUCCUGGGGCGAGGGCUGCGGCAGAAAGGACAAGGUGGGCAUCUACACCAAGGUGUCCAACUACAACGACUGGAUCAGCAGAGUGCGUGAAGAAUGGGACGACAGUCAUUUUACACCAGAACCACCAAGCAUCUGAAAAACCUCCAGCCCCAAGUCGAUCCAGUCCGGUUGGUUAAACCCACUUAGAGGCCUCAGUACAGCAGAAAUGUAACACACGGUUAAAUAAACUCAUUCUGGCUUCAUUUAACUUUUUUAACCACGAGUGAGUCUCAGAGUUUGAGUAAGCUGAACAAUAAAAAAUAAUCUCACUGUCAGUUCA